GCGACACAUCCUGUGUACAGAUGAGGAAGUGUGGGCUCAGCCCUGUGUGUGUGUGUGUGUAUGUGUGUGUAUACAGAGGGUGCCUGACAAGUGUGAGUGCGUGUAGUGUGUUUGGUAAUGCAUAGGAAAAUUUGUUCCUGAAGAUAAAUAACGCGUUUUAAGAGUCAUGCUUCAGAGGAGAGCUUCAAAUGCCUCAGAGAAACCAAGGAAUAAGCCAAAGCGUUCUUACAGCUUUGGCAGGUUCGACACGUUCAAAAAUCAGUCCAAGCCGGAGGAACAGGAAAGAACCUUGGGACAGGGUGCUGAUGGCGAAUCACCCGAGGGAGAUCAUAUCAGAGGGGGGUUAGGGAAGAAGAUGAAAUCCAUCUCAAUGACCAUGCGCAAGAAGAUGGGGAAGAAAUACGCCAGAGCUCUGUCAGAGGAAACAGGGGAAGGUGUAGAUGGAGACCAGGAAGCUGAAGGAGUGGCGAAUGCGAGUGAAACGCCAACCAAAGACUGCACAAAGUCCAGUAACUCAGUGGAAAGUCUCUUCAGUCUCCACAGUGGACAAAGCUCCUCCAGUAGUGGCAUCAUCAGUGGCUCUGAGAGCUCGUGUAAUAGAGACAGUCUGAGGCUGGAGGAGGAAGUCCCCGACAACAUCCAGUUCUGUGGCAAAGCAAAAGUUCACACUGAUUUCCUCCCGAGCCCAUACGAUACCGAGUCUCUAAAACUCAAGGCUGGAGACAUGAUCGACAUCAUCAGUAAGCCACCCAUGGGCAUAUGGACAGGCAUGCUGAACGGCAAACUGGGCAACUUUAAGUUCAUCUACGUGGACGUCCUGGCCGACGAGCCUGCUCCAAUGUACAGGAUGAGAAACCACAGGAGAAGCAAAAGACCUCGACCCAAAACCCUCCAGGAGUUCCUCGAGAGACUGAACCUGGAGGAGUUCACGUCCUCCCUGUUGCUCAACGGUUAUCAGACAGUAGAAGAUCUGAAAGAUCUGAAAGAGCAGCACCUGAUUGAGCUGAACGUGACUGAUCCUGAGCAAAGACACAAACUGCUGGCGGCCACUGAGUGUUUACACGACGCGGAGUUUAACAGUCAGAGAGAAGGGGAAGGUGAGGAAGUGCCCAAAUCUCCAAGUGUGAUGGCGACAGCUGAGCCCAAUGACUGCCCCAGAGACUCGGGCUGCUACAUUGCCUCGGAUUGCUCAGACAACAGCAAAGAGGACACAGAGAGCCACCUUUCUGCGUCUCUGUCCCCAUCACCGUCGGAGGUCUAACCACAGUGUGUUCCUGCACGUGGAGAAUCUGACCUACAUCUCACAAACAACACAACCCUCGUUCAAAUGAGCCAGUGAUCAAACUCUGUUAAUGUCAGGACCUUUCUUUAUUCAUUUCCAGUGUGCAUCUGAAACCGUCAUUUCUUGUUGAGCUGUCACUCAAUUGUGCUAUGAUACAUAGAAAUCAGAUUAUUCAUGUGGAAUCUGUGUGUAGUGUUAAAUCAUUCACAUAGAUCACUCCUUUCAACAGUCAACUGUAAAUGUAAAUCAGAAAAAGAGCAAAAGCACGGUGUAUGUAUAGAUAUAUAUAUAUAUAAUGUAAAUAAUAUGUAAAAGAAAUAUAUUAUGUAUUCAGUAAAUGAAUAAACUUCUGAAAUAAACCUGAUAUUUUCUGCAA